UUUUUUUUGUUGUUCGAAUCAUAUGCAUGCCGUUUUUGUCAAUCCAGCGUUUUCAUUUUUAAGCUGUCAUUUUGAGUUGAGGUUGUUCUGAAAGAUAUCAUCAGUGUUAGUUUCGUGGCCAUGGCUUCAACAAUGGCUGAUCCAGAAUUGACCCGAGCAUUUCAAGAGCUACAAAUUCAAGUGCUAAACACCCGGGAAAAGGUUCGUCAUAUUGAAGCUGAAAUACAAGCAUGCGAACGACAAGCGUUGAUUUAUGAAUUAACUAAAAAAACCGUAGCCGAUCUAAAAUCCGAUCAUCAAUGUUUCAUCGGUCUGGGACGAGCUUUUGCACGCCAAGAACCGUCCCAAGUUCUUGCCCAGCUAGAUAGUCGUAUCGGAAAAAAUCAGGAAAAGAUUCGUACGAUAAAACAGGCAAAAGAUUAUCAAGAAGCUAAAGUGAAAGAAACUGAAAAUAAUAUUCGUGAAAUGAUUCAACAGAAAAAGAAUGCCGACAAAAAAUGAAUGAUGGUGGUCAAACACUGCUACUGGUUUGUCAAAUUCUAUUUUUGUUUUUAAAAUUUGUAUUUUUCUCUCAACACUAAUCUGAUUGGAAUAAAAUCACAAUUUUUAUCAUCA